CCGUGCUGUGCUGUGCCGCGGUUGGGGUGUGUUUCGCUCGCGCCCGCUCCGUCGCGCCGUCGCUGUCCAGUGCUAUGUGUGUGUUCGUGCAGUUUUAGGUCGCCGUCGCGUCCUGUGGAUUUUUCAAGGUGUUUCGGUGUUUCGCAGCCAAAAUCAUCAGUGCAGUGUCUAGUGAUCAGUGUUGAAACCGAGGUCGGGAAGGCCUUCGGUAGCCGCCCCUGGGGGUGGCACAGUGUGUGUUUGUGAAGUGAAAGUGCGUUCAUACCGCGGUACCUAGUGCUAGUGCUCAGUGCCCCAUUUGGAUUACUCUUCUCUGGCUAUUGGAUUAAAAGCCACCGCCAUGGAGGCCCGUCGUAUGGAUUACCUUCUGCCUCUCUUCUUCGCCCUCGCCUUCGCUCUCACAGCCGCCGCCGUGGAGGACGACCGCGCCGGCCCUCUGUUCAUCCACGAGCCCAUCAACCGCGUCGACUUCUCCAACACCACCGGCGCCACCGUGGAGUGCUCCGCCAUGGGCACCCCCAACCCGGAAAUCGUCUGGAUCCGCUCCAACGGCACCGCAGUCACCGACGUCCCCGGCCUCCGCCAGGUCCUUCCGAACGGCAAUCUGGUGUUCCCGCCCUUCCGCGCGGAGGACUACCGUCAGGAGGUGCACGCACAGGUGUACGUGUGCCUGGCCAGGAACCCCGUCGGCUCCGUGCACUCCCGCGAUGUCAACGUGCGCGCAGUGGUGUCCCAGCACUACAUCACGGAGGCCGAAAACGAGUACGUUAUCCGGGGCAACUCGGCGGUCAUGAAGUGCAAGAUCCCCAGCUUCGUGGCGGACUUUGUGUCGAUUGACGCGUGGCUGUCAGACUCCGGGGACACGCAUGUGUACAGCAAGGGCCAGACGGACUACGAUGGCAAGUACCUGGUCCUUCCCUCCGGAGAACUCCACAUCCGCGACGUCGGCCCCGAAGACGGAUACAAGACCUACCAGUGCCGCACCAAGCAUCGCCUCACCGGGGAGACUCGUCUCAGCGCUACCAAGGGUCGUCUAGUCAUCACCGAGCCCACAAGCAACAUCGCGCCCAAGUCCUCCGGGGAGAAGUACGAGGGUGGCCGUCUGCUCAGCUUCGCCACCGGCAGCCUGGCGCUGCUGCUGUGCCCCGUGGCCGGGUACCCCGUCCCGGUGUUCAGGUGGUACAAGUUCGAAGAAGGCAGCUCCCGCAAGCGCGCGGUCACCCUCAACGAACGCGUCAAGCAGGUCAGCGGCACCCUCAUCAUCAAGGAGGCCGUCGUGGCGGACUCCGGCAAGUACCUCUGCGUCGUCAACAACACCGUGGGAGGCGAGAGCGUGGAGACGGUCCUCACCGUCACAGCACCCUUGUCAGCAACGAUUGAACCACAAAGCCAGACUGUAGAUUUCGGCAGACCAGCUGUCUUCAACUGCGUUUACAAGGGCAACCCUGUGCGCACCAUCACCUGGAGCAAGGACGGACGGUCGCUCAACCUCGAUGGACCAGUGCUUCGAAUUGACGCAGUCAAGAAAGAAGACAAGGGCAUGUACCAGUGUUUUGUUCGCAACGACCAGGAAAGCGCACAGGCCAGUGCUGAACUGAAACUUGGAAGCCGAUUUGACCCCCCUCAGAUUGUUCACGCCUUCUCCUCUGAGACUCUCCAGCCUGGACCACCUGUACAUCUCAUGUGUGUUGCCUCUGGAAACCCAACGCCUGAGAUCUCCUGGGAAUUGGACGGAAAGAAGCUGACCAGCAGGGAGAGGAUUCAAGUCGGACAGUACCUGAAAAUGAAUGGCAACGGCAAUGUGGUUUCACACCUCAACAUUUCUUCCAUCCAAACGGCUGAUGGUGGUCUUUACAAAUGCAUCGCCUCAUCCAAAGUUGGCUCCGUUGAACAUGCUGAGAGGCUCAAUGUGUAUGGUGUUCCAUUCAUUCGUCCCAUGGAUAAGCGAGCAAUUGUUUCUGGAGAAACUUUAUUCGUCACCUGCCCUGCGGCUGGUUACCCAAUCAAGUCUAUUACUUGGGAAAGAGAUGGACGUACCCUUCCUAUUAACCGCAAACAGAAAGUUUUCCCCAACGGCACCCUGAUCAUUGAAAAUGUUGAGAGGCAGUCUGACCAAGCAACUUACACAUGUGUCGUUCAGAAUGAACAAGGAUUUUUGGUGAAAGGCAACCUGGAAGUUCAAGUCAUGGUGCCCCCGCACAUCACCCCGUUCGCGUUCGAGGCCGAGGCGUUCGCCGGCGACAGCGUGCAGCUGUCUUGCUACGUGUCUCGCGGUGACCUCCCCCUCACCGUGUCCUGGCGCUUCGACGGCCGCCUCGUCCCGGGCGGCAACGAGGCGGCUGCGGACGCCAGCCUGCCGCCCGGCAUCUCCACGGAGAGGAUGGGCACGCGCAACAGCGUUCUUACCAUCGAGUCCGUGUCCGCGGCCCACUCGGGGAACUACACCUGCAUGGCCAGGAACAAGGCCGCCGUCGUGGAGCACACGGCCCCCCUCAAAGUGAACGUUCCACCCCGCUGGAUUCUUGAACCCACUGACAAGGCUUUUGCUCAAGGCAGUGAUGCCAAAAUUGAGUGCAAAGCUGAUGGCUUCCCAAAACCUUCAGUCACAUGGAAGCGAGCUGCUGGUGACACCCCUGGUGACUACAAAGACCUGAAAAUGAACAACCCUGAUAUCAAAGUGGAAGAUGGUACUCUGUUCAUCAACAACAUCCAGAAGAGCAGUCAUGGCUACUACCUUUGUGAGGCAGUGAAUGGGAUCGGCUCAGGACUCUCUGCGGUUAUAAUGAUUAGUGUUCAAGCUCCCCCAACUUUUGACAUUAAAAUGCGCAACCAAACUGCAAGACGAGGAGAGCCAUCUGUUCUUCAGUGUGAAGCCAAGGGCGAGAAACCAAUUGGAAUUCUGUGGAACAAGAACAACCAGCGCAUUGAACCGACCAACAACAACAAGUACACUAUUCGUGAGGAAAAUCUGUCAGAUCGAGUUGGAUCAGACCUGAGCAUCAAACGAACUGAACGAAGCGAUUCAGCUCUUUUCUCAUGUGUUGCCACAAACGCCUUUGGCAGUGAUGACACAAGCAUCAACUUGAUCGUUCAAGAGAAUCCAGAGGCACCUUACGGCUUGAAGGUUUUAGACAAAUCUGGCCGCUCAGUUCAACUUUCAUGGGCUGCUCCUUAUGAUGGAAACUCUGCUAUCAAGCACUAUUUGAUUGAGCACAAAGUUUCAAAAGGCUCUUGGGAAAUGGACAUUGAUCGUGUGCUUGUACCUGGACAACAAGUAAUCGCUCAUGUCAUCAACCUGCGGCCUGCUACCACCUACCAUGUUCGUAUUGUUGCUGAGAACGAAAUUGGACCCUCUGACCCAUCUGACACCGUCACUAUUAUAACUGCUGAAGAGGCACCCUCUGGCCCACCAACAAAUGUGCGAGUGGAGUCUACUGACCAGACCAGCCUGAAGGUUUUGUGGAAGCCCCCAGAAAGGGAGGAGUGGAAUGGCGAAAUCCUGGGCUACUAUGUUGGAUACAAACUAGCUACUUCGGACAAGAAAUAUAUCUUUGAGACUGUUGAAUUCUCCAAGGAAGAAGGAAAGGAACACCAUCUAGUCAUCAACAACCUCAAGACCUACACUCAGUACUCAGUUGUCAUUCAAGCCUUUAACAAGGUUGGGGCUGGUCCCAUGUCUGAGGAAGUUCGCCAGUACACUGCUGAAGGCAAGCCUGAGAUGCCACCAACUGACACCACCUGCACUACUCUCACCUCCCAAACGAUUCGUAUGCGCUGGGUGUCGCCACCUCUUACCUCAGCCAAUGGUGUCAUUCAAGGCUACAAAGUUGUAUAUGGGCCCACGGAUACCUGGAAUGAUGAAAGCACAAAAUUGACCAUGAAAACUGCAUCUAGUGAGACAAUCCUCCACGGACUCCAAAAGUACACCAACUACAGCAUGAUGGUUCUCGCCUACACAUCUGGAGGUGAUGGUGUUGCAAGCAGCCCUAUCCACUGCCAAACUGAGCAAGAUGUUCCUGAGGCUCCAGCUGCUGUCAAAGGUUUAGUGAAAUCUGAAGAGUCAGUGCUGAUUAGCUGGAAGGCUCCCACAAGGCCUAAUGGUGCCAUAUCUCAGUACACUGUUUACAUGCGAGCCGGAGAUGAUGAAGGAAAAGAUGUCAAGAAGAACACUGUAGAGUACUCUGAGACAAGCUUUGAAGUUAAGGAUAUGAAGAAAAAUGGCCAAUAUGAAUUCUGGGUGACCGCAAGCACUGUCAUGGGUGAAGGCCCACCAUCUAACUCUGUGAUGAUUGCACCAAAUGCCAGGAUUCCUGCCAAAAUUGCUUCCUUUGAUCGCAUCUUUACUGGCAAAUACCGUGAAAAUCUGAAACUGCCUUGCCUCUCCGUCGGCCUACCUGAGCCAGAGGUCAAAUGGACAGUGAAGGGACAAUCACUUGCCCCUGGUGACAACCCACACUUCCGUAUUGUUGAAGGAGGCUUGAUGGUAAUGGGAGUAACUCGCGAGGAUGCUGGAGAGUAUGUUUGCUCAGUGGAAAAUAGUUUCGGAAAGGACACUGUCACUCAUCAGCUAGUUGUUCAUGCUCCACCUCACACACCUCAAAUUGUUGUGGCAAUGACUACAACCAAUUCCAUUACAAUGAAGAUGAAACCACAUGCAUCGGACAAAGAGCCCAUUAGUGGUUACACUGUCCGGUACAAGCCAGAAUACGGUGACUGGGAAACUGUGCAAGUGCCCGCUGAUGAAGCCAAAUACACCCUUCAGGAACUUGGCUGUGGACUAAAAUACCAGAUGGUUGUCAACGCAUUUAACAGCAUUGGAAUCGGUGAUGAGACUGACAUCUUGACUGCAUCAACCAAAGGCUCCAAACCAAUCAGCCCUGAAGCUCGUAACUUUAUUGAGGUUCAGAGCACAUCUGUCACUUUACAUCUAGGAGCUUGGCAAGAUGGUGGCUGCUCUAUGAAUUAUUUUGUCAUUGAGCACAAGAAGAAGAAUGAGAGGAACUGGAAUCAGGUUGCAAACAACGUCAAGCCCAAUGCCAAUUUUGGAGUUGGUGAUUUGGAGCCUGCUCAGUGGUACCAUUUACGAGUUACUGCUCACAACAAUGCUGGUUUUACUGUGGCUGAGUACGAAUUUGCUACCCUGACCGUCACAGGAGGAACUAUUGCCCCGCCAGAACGAGGCCUCAUCAAUGUAAAUGAAUAUUUCCCCUGGAUCCCAGACUGGAUGGACUUGAACGUAGUCGUCCCAGUGGCCGCUACCAUUGUAGUUCUUUUGGUCGGCAUGAUUGUAAUUUGUGUGGCUAUUUCCCGACGCUCUCGUGGCCCCGAACAAACUCGCCUGAGAGAUGAUGUUGUCUACAACCAGUCCAUGCCCGGCACAAUGGGCCAAACAAUGGGCAAGCAGCGACCUGAUCUUCACGACGAGCUUGGCUAUAUUGCUCCACCCAAUCGCAAACUACCUCCAGUACCUGGCUCAAACUACAAUACCUGUGAUCGUAUCAAGAGAGGUCAUUCAUUCAGAAGCCCGCAUGCCACUUGGGACCCUCGCCGCCACCUGUAUGAGGAACUAAGUCUGCACCCACCUGGUGUGAGAAGACUCCCCCCCUGUCCCGGCUCCGAUGGAACAGUCAAUGGCAGAGGCAUGGAAGAUGAAAUUUGCCCCUAUGCAACAUUCCACCUCCUUGGUUUCCGUGAAGAAAUGGAUCCCUCCAAAGCCAUGCAGUUCCAGACAUUCCCUCACCAGAAUGGAACUGGACACUCGGGCACUAUUGGACCAGGCGGAAUGGUGAAUGGAGGGACAAUGGGUCACAUGCACUCCCGAUCAGGAUCUCAAUCAAUGCCAAGAGCCAACGGCCGCUACUCCCGCGUGGGUGGUCAGGGAGGCCACAAUAACACUUUCUCACCUGAGUAUGACGAUCCCGCCAACUGUGGUGAUGAGGAGGACCAGUAUGGCAGUCAGUAUGGACCAUAUGGCAACCCCUAUGAUCAUUACGGAAGUCGCAACUCAGUGAGCCGGCGUAGCGUUGGAUCAGCAAGGAAUCUGCCUAUGUCAAGUAGCCCUGAGCCGCCGCCACCACCUCCUCGCAACCACGAUCCCAAUGAUUCUAAAGACUCUAACGAGAUUUCGGAGGCUGAGUGUGAUCGCGAUCAGCUUGUGAACCGCAGCUAUGGUGUGAAUGUGAGGGCCAACUCCAAGGAUGGCAUGACCACCGAGGAGAUGCGCAAGCUCAUUGAGAGAAACGAAGCAGGCCCCCACCAACAACACCACCAAAACGGACUCACAGCCUACGAUACUGUGGCAGUGUAAUCUCUGAAUCUCCACUCACAAUGUACCAAGCCGGUACAACAACUGUGUGCCAUACAUAGCGUUAUGAGGUGUAAAUUAAAUACGCCUUGCACAUCGCCAGACCAUCACCUCAAACAUACUUGAGGAUAGUGUUACUCUUUCAGUGUUAACAAUCAAAACAUUUCUCAAUGUGUUCCUCUAAGAACCACAAAUUUUUCCCUUUUUUUCCCUUCCCUCUUAAGGACUGAAUCUUCUUAUUUCAUCAUUCAUGUCACAGCAUCUUAUAUCUGAAAAUAUUAUCAACCUUCUGUAAUAUUUGUGUCACUCCUUACGAGCAACACAAGAAGUUCAAUGUCUAUGCCGUAAAGUUUUUCAUAGCUUUAGCUUUCUUGUAUGCGUCAUUUAAUCAGUUUAAAACUUACCUAGGGAAAGGAAUGCUUGAAAAGUUUUGUCAGCAUUGAAAAAUGUGAAAAGAUAAUUUCUGAACUUUGGCUGAGAUCUUAAAAUGAUAGGUUUACCCUGUAUGAUAUAAAUACCAUAUUGUUUAGUCAGUAGAAGUCUUUUGUGUUAUAUUUCAUUCUCCUGCUGCUCUUUGUUUAUAUUGUUUGUUUUUAUUUUGAGUAUGAUUGUUUAUUGACUUAUUGGUGUGUAUACGUGCUACAGUAUGAUCACUAUUGUGCAUGGGCGUGGACUCAAUACUCUGUGUUUUACAAGAGUAAAGACAAUGACACGCUCUCUGCAGUCAAGUCGCAUGCCAAAUUUAUUAUACAUAUUCAUAUAUUAUGCUAUGUACAAUAUACUCAUUAUACAGUGUGUCCAUUAAAACAUAAUAUUUGUGUGAGUAAAAUUAAUCACAAGCAAUGAGGGGUUAGUAACAAAUGACAUCAUGUUUUUUAGUCUAAUUUUGAAUUACUCAUCCCUAGUCAAAACUGGGCCCCUCUUGGCCAGUUUCUUUCAAUUUCUUUCUUAUAGUUGGACAUUGCAUACCAUGAUACUUCCAUUAAACUAUUGCAGUAUUGAGUAACUGUGUUCCUUGCCAUAUUGCAAGGUCAUGUGGUUUUACUCUUGAGGCGUUGGCUGCUAUUGAUGUGAAUGUCCAUCUCUUUGCAUGUUCGUGAUGUCAUUUGUGACGACCCCCAAAUAGAUUGAUGCGUUUGGAGGAGUGGAUCAGGAUUAAUGUUGCUCGUUUUGUAGGGAUUAUAAUAAUCAAGUUAGCUCUAGCAGUAGAUUAAGCAUGAAGAAAGGAACAGGGCUGAGACGUCAAGCAAGCUGGGCCAGUCAAGGUGAUUGUCACUGGAUCACAACAAAAUGAGCUCUUUUGCUUUCUUGGUGCUGAGCGGAUUCGAAUAUGUACCAUGUCCGGUCUAUAGUGUGUGGUAAAUAGAACAAAAUUCAUUCAAUGGGAUGCACCAUACACUGGCUCUAGCAUCACAGCUGAGGUUUUGAAAUGCUAAUUGAUAGCUCUGAUGUGGAUGGCAUGCAUUAUCACUCAGCUGAACUGACACGUGUAUUUACCCAACUAUUAAUCCUGAUAUGUUUCAUCUAAAUGUGUUAAUUUCAGUGGGGCUUUUAAGUCUCUGUGUCUCUUCCUAUUCCAAUUAUCUAUGAUUCUUGUAUCAUUCUUGGGCACACUGUGUGUGUUUGGUUUUCAAGUAAAGCUCAACAUGUGACAUGUGAUAUUUUGUCCUGAAUUAAGUUAAUAUUUAAAUUUUUUUAACUUUUUAUUUCUGAUUGUUGUAUGUAGUACUUGCUGAAUGGCAGUCACCCAAUGGUUUCAUUUAAUUUAUAAUUGUUAUUAAUUAUGUGUGGAUUGAUGGUAGCUCUAAAUUGACACCUGUAAUGGUUAGUCCCGUACUACGGAGAAGUAUGAGACUGGCAAGGGGCAACAUUGAUGUCACUGCCAAGUGAUAAAUAUGCGUCCGUACUUAUCACAGAAACAGCGAUUGACAAGAAUUCUCUUCUCGUAGCACUCCGGGCGAUGACUGAACUUUGCAUUUUAUUGACUUUCAACUCCAAAGAAAUGUUAGACUGCAAAGAACUUUCUCACUUAAAGACAUUUUGUUUUGUCCCUGACUCCUUUAUUUCUUUUUGUGUGUCAUUUUUUGUUGGUCUUUUGAGUUAAUUGUGUUCACCUAAUCGUGUCUGGCAAGUUUAAACCGAGCAUCCUUUCUCCCAGUCAGGGAGUAAGUGCAAUGCAUUGUAUUGUGUAUGUGCAGUUUGACCGGUGGAAUGACAGACCAGUACUCACUGUGAUAGAUGUGCUGGUUUUUUUAAUGAUAUGGUGCUAAGUGGUAAGGAAGAGAAAGGUAACAAUUCUCUUCUCCCUUCAAUUGUCGGGUAUUUAUGUCAUGUCUUGAAGUGAGAAGUGGCACUGCAGAUUAUCUUGUACUGAAUGAUAUUUGUUCCUCCUACAAUGGAGGGAAGACCGUAUUGAAUGGGGAUAACUACAAUCAAAUGUAAGACUCAUAGUAUUCAAAGAAAAUCGAAUGAGACCAAAUCUCAUUGAUAUUCGUAAAUUAAAUACUCAAAAUUGGGUCAGCCCAGCACCAGAAUGAAGGUUAUUAAAGCUUGAUAGCUAUCUUGAAGUGCAGAUGAUAUUCUAUUCGCUCAUAUCUGCAGUUUUCUAAUUAAUUUUAAUGCAGCAUGUUAUGAAAUAUCCACCUUAUGAAAUGAAAAUUUCGCCAAGUUACUCUGUAAGUUUCUUUUCGUAGUCAAUACUUGAAACUAUGUAGUCCUUGGCUUAGCAAAACUUAAUGAAUUUAAUCAUAUUCAUUCAAUUUGUAUUUGUUUCUAUGAGUUUAUUUCAUGUAUUUCUGUGUGUCCUUACCAUAUGGAGCAGUUCCAUAUUACCCAUUAAAAUUAUUAGUGUAAUGCAUACGCCCUGUGGGCCCCUAUCCUAGAAGACACACGCUUCUAUCAUUUCUGAUCUGAUUCGCAUUCAUGAAAUGCUUGAUGUAUUGCCCCAGUGCUGCAUUUUUCAGUGUCAAACUACUCUUUACCUAAUAGUCUCUUAUAAUGUACAAAGUAUUUUAUUCUCAACAGUGUAUUUGUAUUCAAGUAAUACAAAAACAUUUACAUUUAAACUUUGCUUGGAUGGCUUUGCAAAUUUUUUAUUAAAUGUAAUGCUAAGUUUAGUAUAAGUGCAAGUUAUGUUUUAAAUAACUUAGCUAUCUAUGUAUUAUAUUAUAUGUCAUUUUACUUCUUUUGAGUUAAAUGGGUGUCAGAAUGCAGGUGCAGAGAUGGAAACGGAUUUGCUCUAUUUGAUGAGGGGCUGUGAUGCCUUUUAGGAAAAAAAAGAUCUUGUCAGAGUUGAAAGCCUUUUCUAGCAUUUCAAUCUGGAAGUCAGGAAAUCAAUUUGAGGAAAAGUUAGAAUGAUGAAUUUUAAAAACUAUUUACUACACUUUACAGUUGGUAGCUUUACUGUGAGCGUAAUUCUCACAAAUACUUUUUCUGUCAUAAGGUACAAUAUGGAGUAAGUGUACAUGCCAACUGUGCUCUCUCCCUAAAAAGAGAUACAUUUGCUCAAGUAAGGAUUCAAAGAAGUGGAACUUUAAAAACAGAAAAGUCAACCUGCUGCACUUUUGUCUCACUCAUUGGCACAAGUAGAAUAUUCUUGCGAAUGUUUGAAACUCGAGUGUUUGCUCUCCAAAGUGAUAAAUUUGACGUGAUAUGGGUUUCAUGGAAUUGGAUCGAAUGAAGAGGAAGGAUGGAGACAAAUCAGAGGAAAAGAAAUUUGGAGGUGAAUUGUGGCAACAUUAAUUGUGCUUUAAGCAUAAAUGAUAAGUAUUUUUUUGAUGUGGGAUUUAACACCUUGAUUUUACCUUCCUUGACCACUACACUAGUUUCUGCUCACUUUUAGGUUUAUUACAGUGCUGUAACAUUUGUUCCUGGAUGUGAGUAGUAACAGUUAGUAAUUGUCUUUCCUCUUCAUUCUGGACUUGAGCAGUGCUAAGCACAGUACAGUAUGUUAACAGCUAAAAUAGCGGAAGGCUUCCUUUUGUAUCCUCCAUGUAAGUUUAUCCGUGGGACUGUGAUGUUUCAUUAGCUUAAUGGGAAGCGUUCAGUAUGCUGUUAGCAAUUUCAUCAGGAUGCUGAGCAUGAAGGCACAAAGGAUUGUAAAGUGUCGACUUUUGCUUCCUGAGAGUCAUCAUGUUUGGGGGUCUUAGUCUCACAAGGAAUCGAGCUCUUCGGUAUUUUAUUUAUUCUUUGCCUUUUUGUCUUGUACAUUUUGUAUAAUUUUAGCAAUACUUAUUUGUGUUGUAUGUAACAUAAAUUUAACCAUAUUAGUUUGAUUGCUUAAUGGUUUUCAAUCAAGCCUACCUGUGAUGCUAGCAAUUCGUCAUACUUGUAUAUGAUUUACAAGAGGAAUGAAAUGAAAAGAUUCUCAAUAUUUGGGAGCUCACCAGUGCUUCAUGAAUUUGUUUGAAACAAUGGAGGCUUUGCUUCGUGGACAUUUAUGAUUUUAAGUAUGGAGCCUUUAUAUUUGUUCAGUUUUUCUUUCUUUGCCUGUCUUUCUUUGUUUUACUUGAUAACUAUUUGUUUGAAUAAGGUUGACUGUUAUGCCAGCAGAGGAUGGAAGCACCCUGUGUAACCCUGUGGGCUGGACUCCUAAUACGGAAGCUAUUUGUACCAAAGUUGUAGAGUGGGUAGAACAUUUGUGUUAAUAAAUUAUAAAUUAAAUUUC